UCCGCGGAGGGAGAGCCCGCCCCGCUCGUAGGUGGGCUCCUCCGCUCUGCUGGGGUCUAUGGAGGAAAAACUGCGCUGGCCCCGCUAUUCCCAUGGCCGCGGUCGCCUGCGGCACCAAGGCCAUGUCCCUCUUCAAGCGGACCUUGGGGCGGAGCCCCGCCGCGGCGCCCAGGGGCGCGGGCACCCCCCCACGCGGCUGCCCCUUGCCCCCCGCCGCCUGGCCCUGCAAGGACCGGCCGCGGGGAGAGGGCGUCUGCGGCCGGCUGCGGAGCCCCGCGGCGGGCCUGCCCCAGCCCCACGCCUGCUCCUCCGCGCCUCCCACCGCCGUGUGUCUCCUCUGCCCGCAGGACUCGCUCAGCAGCAGCUUGAAAACUUGCUACAAGUAUCUGAAUCAGACCAGUCGCAGUUUCGCAGCUGUUAUCGAGGCGCUGGAUGGGGAAAUGCGGCAUGCAGUGUGCAUAUUUUAUUUGGUUCUCCGAGCUCUGGACACUCUGGAAGAUGACAUGACCAUCAGUAUCGAAAAAAAGGUCCCCCUGUUACACAACUUCCACUCGUACCUUUAUGAGCCCGACUGGCGGUUCACGGAGAGCAAGGAGAAGGACCGACAAGUGCUGGAGGACUUUCCCACGAUCUCCCUGGAGUUCAGAAAUCUGGCUGAGAAAUAUCAAACGGUGAUUGUUGACAUUUGCCGGAAGAUGGGAUUUGGGAUGGCGGAGUUUUUGGAUAAGCAAGUGACGUCUGCACAGGAGUGGGACAAGUACUGUCACUACGUGGCUGGGCUGGUGGGGAUUGGCCUUUCCCGUCUAUUCUCGGCCUCAGAGUUUGAAGACCCCUUAGUUGGUGAAGACACAGAGCGCGCCAACUCCAUGGGCCUGUUCCUGCAGAAAACAAACAUCAUUCGUGACUAUCUGGAAGACCAGCGAGAAGGAAGGGAGUUUUGGCCUCGAGAGGUUUGGGGCAAGUACGUGAAGAAGCUGGGCGACUUUGCUAAGCCAGAGAACGUUGACGUGGCCGUACAGUGCCUGAACGAGCUGAUAACCAACACGUUGCACCACAUCCCGGAUGUCAUCACCUACCUCUCACGGCUGAGAAACCAGAGUGUGUUUAACUUCUGCGCUAUUCCGCAGGUCAUGGCCAUUGCUACUUUGGCCGCCUGUUACAAUAAUCAGCAGGUGUUCAGAGGGGUGGUGAAGAUUCGGAAAGGGCAAGCAGUCACCCUGAUGAUGGAUGCCACCAACAUGCCAGCUGUCAAAGCUAUAAUACACCAGUACAUGGAGGAGAUUUAUCAGAGAAUCCCUGACUCCGACCAAUGUUCUGGUAAAACAAGGCAGAUCAUCUCCACGAUCAGGACACAGAAUCUUCCCAAUUGCCAGCUCAUCUCCCGGAGCCACUACUCCCCCAUCUACCUGUCAUUUGUCAUGCUCCUGGCGGCCCUGAGCUGGCAGUACCUGAGCGCCCUGUCCCAGGUCACAGAGGACUACGUUCAGACCGGCGAGCACUGAGGCGGGGUUGGUCUGGAGACCGAAUCCUCCGGGACGUGGGCUGACCUCUUCAGGGAUGGAUGUGGGCUUCCCUGCUUCUUCCCAUCUUGCUUUAAUCCCUGAAAGAACCCUGUGGGCCUGGACCUUUAGAAACUGAUGCGCAGUGGAAAAGGAGGAAAGGAAAGGACCCCUCCGCCUCGGCCUCCCUGGGGCGGCUGCGGUCGGGGCGGUAGGGCCCAGAGAUGGUGCACCUGGGACUUCGUGGUGUGAACACGGGCUGGAGUUAUAAUUAAAUGUAUUUAAUUUGAAGCAACCUUUGAAUACCUAUCCUAGUAGAAAGUGAAGUGAAUUUUCUUUGUUCAGUUCCUGUUUUUCUCAUCAUUUUGUUUCCUUCAGUGGACUUGAAUGUAAGAGAUGUGAAUGUUUCGAGUUCUAGGCAGUAUUCCCAGGUUUCCUAAGAAUGCAGAUGGUCUUCUGCACACAGGCUGGGAACUGACUUCUGGGUGGUGUUGGUGUUAAUUCCUCGUUAAAGGGAGUUGAGGUUUCAGAAGGAAAUCGCCUUUGGCCCCAUGGUAGCAGAUCGGUUUCCAGUUAAGGGUGAUGCUUUUGAGAAGAUUUUUAUAAUAAAGAAUUGAAUUACUCGGCA